UGCUCCUCCCCUUUUCCUCUCGCAAAAACAAAAGAAAAAUAUUAGUCCCCACAACAAAUAUCAUCUUCUCUUCCCCAGCAAAACUCACAAUGCCUCCGUCCCCCUUCUUCUUCUUCUUCUUCUUCUUCUCCUUGCUGUUUCUGCCAUGUCAAUCACUUCACAUUCACAGCCGUAGGAUCCUCCAUCAACCCUUCGUCCCCGUCGGAUCCACCCCUCUGCCUCCAUCUCCUUCCCCUCCUUCUUCCAAAUACCCUUUCUCUUCUUCUUCUUCUUCUUCUCCUCCUCCCGACUCUCCUUUCUUCCCUUCUUUUCCUUACUCUCCCCCUCCUCCUUCCCCUUCCGCUUUCGCUUCUUUCCCCGCCAACAUUUCCUCCCUCACUCUCCCCCACGCUUCUUCUCCCACCCACAACUCUCACAUCAUCUUCAUCCUCGGCGUCGUUGCCGCCUCCCUCGUCGCUGCCUUACUCCUCUUCUUCUACUACCGCCACCGCCGCAAGCAGAAACGUGGCUCUGUCGACGAUAACAAGACCUUGACAUCCAAUAAUAGCAGUAGGUUGUACCCCAACAAUGUUCUUGCUGGUAAGCUGAGGACGACUUCCACCACCAGUUCCGAAUUGCUUUAUUUGGGUACGUUGGUGAAUUCACGAGGCGGAGUCGACGGUGGUGGAUCCAAUAAUUCGCCGGCUAAUGCUAGAUUUGAUCCUAGAAAAAUGGACUCUCCGGAGCUCCAGCCGUUGCCGCCGUUGUCUCGACAGAGCACCGGUCGGAACUUCCGAGCCGGUGACGUUCAGUCGGUUACUGAAGAAGACGAAGAGGAGCAUUUUUAUUCACCGAGAGGAUCUUCCGGCGGUCGAGAUAGUCCUAGUGGGAACGGAUCCAGGUCAAGAAGAGCAUUUGCGGCGAUUGCUGUAAAAAGCAUCGAGACUAGUAGUACUUCGUCGAGUUCAUCUUCGAGUUCAAGUUCACCCGCCAGGUCUAAAUCACUCAGUAUAUCUCCGCCGGUUAGUGCGAGUCCAGUAAGAUCCAACCCGAAAUCUCCUGAACUCGUUCACGUUCAACCUUCUUUCGCUCCGGCGAGGGUUUCAGCUGAUUCGCCUCGAGUUUCCAAUGCUUCCAAUGGAAAUGUACGAUCUCCCUCGCUGUCUUUAACUUCAACAUCACCAAACGGGGAAGAAUCAAAUAAUCGAAACAUCCAAUCUCCCUCGUUGUCUCCGAUGUUCAUCCAGAACCCAGAUUCAUAUGUUGUCCCCGAUCGGAACAUUGGGUCACCUUCGCUGUCUUCGACUAGUACUCCAAAUAGAGCGUUGAUAGAGAAACUAGAUGCAUCGAUUAGAAAUUUCAAGCAUUUGGUUCGAAAUAUGGGGACUUCAUUGGUUUCAGCUUCAGCUGCUAGUAGUUCACCGGCCAAAGAAUCUCCCGUUAAUGAUCUGGGUCGAAACCAAACCAGGUCGCCAUCAGUUGGUUCCGCUUCUACUUCACCUGAGAGAAUGGUUAACGAUUUGAAUCCAAUUGUUAGGUCUCCUUCACUGUCAUCAGCCUCUACAUCACCAAAAAGAGCGUUGGAUGAGAAUGAGCGGUCUCCUCUACUAUCAUCGGCUUCAUCAUCAUCUGACGAAGUUUUCGAGAAAAACUCAGAGAAGUCGCCAUUGGUGGUUGCUUUUUGGGAUUACAAUAGGAGUUCUUCUUUCUCAUCUUCAGCUUCUUCAUCACGAGGAAGAGAUCUGGAGAACGGUCCUGAUGCAUCUCCUGUAAGAGUUAGCGGAGCUUCAGAGAAGCCUAUGUUGACUCCACCACCGCCGCCACCUCCUCCUCCUCCAAAGCAACGAAGGCUCUGGGAGAAACCACUUUCAUCUGUAUCUUUUGCUAAACAAAUAUCGAGACCGCCUCCUCUUACACCUCCUUCGAUGCCGUUUAUGAUGCAAAACCCAAUUAGUAUUACUCAAGACGACUUGCCUACUAGGUCCGAGUCUGAGGCAGUGGAGGAUGGGGAGGCGGAGGAAGCUUCAAAACCCAAGUUAAAGCCUUUACACUGGGACAAAGUACGAGCCAGCUCCGAUCGCGAAAUGGUGUGGGAUCACCUCAGAUCGAGCUCAUUUAAGUUGAAUGAGGAGAUGAUUGAAACACUAUUUGUCGCAAAUACACCGACUACGAAACCAAACCAAGCCACUCCACGUUCUGUUCUUCCAUCACCAAACCAAGAUAACAGAGUGUUGGAUCCCAAAAAGGCGCAAAACAUUGCAAUUUUGUUAAGGGCACUCAAUGUGACUGUCGAGGAAGUUUGUGAAGCCCUUUUAGAAGGGAGUGCAGAUACACUUGGCACUGAACUUCUUGAAAGUUUAUUGAAAAUGGCUCCAACGAAGGAGGAGGAACGUAAAUUGAAGGACUACAAAGAUGAUUCACCAGUCAAACUUGGUCCUGCCGAGAAAUUUUUAAAAACAGUUCUUGAUAUACCCUUUGCAUUUAAAAGGGUGGAUGCAAUGCUCUACAUAGCUAACUUUGAGACUGAAGUUGAAUACCUUAAAAAGUCUUUUGAAACUCUAGAGGCUGCCUGCGAGGAAUUGAGAACCAGUAGGAUGUUUUUUAAACUUCUAGAGGCUGUGCUCAAGACUGGAAACCGCAUGAACGUUGGGACAAAUCGUGGUGAUGCCCAUGCCUUUAAACUUGAUACACUCCUUAAGCUUGUUGAUGUCAAGGGUGCGGAUGGGAAGACCACACUCUUGCAUUUUGUUGUACAAGAAAUCAUAAGAACCGAGGGAGCUCGUCUUUCAAAUGCUAAUGACCAAACAGAAAACUCCACAUCAAAUGAAGAUGCUCGUUGUCGGAAGCUCGGUUUACAAGUUGUUUCUAGUCUCGGUUCAGAGCUCACCAAUGUGAAGAAAGCUGCUGCAAUGGAUUCCGAGGUACUUAACAGUGAUGUCUUGAAGCUUUCUAGAGGCAUCAAAAACAUCAGCGACGUUCUAAGAUUAAAUGAAACAAUGGGGUCAGGCGAGAGCAAAGAGAGAUUCUCAGAAUCGAUGAACAGGUUUAUGAAAGUGGCGGAGGAAGAGAUUAUAAGGGUUCGAGCCCAUGAAAGCGUGGCACUAUCGCUAGUGAAGGAGAUCACGGAGUAUUUCCAUGGGAACUCUACAAAGGAAGAAGCCCACCCAUUUAGGAUCUUUAUGGUGGUGAGGGAUUUCCUUACAGUUCUUGAACGAGUCUGCAAGGAAGUCGGUAUGAUAAAUGAACGAACCAUUGUUAGUUCUGCCCAUAAAUUCCCAGUUCCGGUGAAUCCAAUGAUGCAACCAGUGUUUCCAGUUCCGGUGAAUCCAAUGAUGUCCCAAGCUUUUCUUCAGAGGAGAUCGCUUUAUGGUUCUGGUUCCGAUGAUGAGACUGCAUCACCUUAGUCGUUUGCUGAAGCUGUAAAAUAGAAGCUGCCAAAACUGGGUGGUUUGGGUUUUGAUUGAAGCUUGUAUCUCCUGGUCUGCAAUACAAGGUCGCUGUAAUUUACUUAUUUAUAUUCUUAUUUUUAUAUCUGUAUAAAUCCAUGAACAAUAAUUUUGGAACAGUUUUGUUCUAUAUAUAUAUCAUAUAAUAUACUAGAGGAAUUUUCU